CACAGAAACAAAAUGGCGAACGAUGGUGAGGAUGAUUUGCAUGGAGAAGAAGACGAAGAAGAUGAAGAAGAAGAGGCCAUUACUUAUCCUAAAGAUAUAGAAAUGGCUAAUAAUCCUCUGGCCAGUGAAGCCGUGGCUGAAAACCUCUCUCUCCUUUGCAAGACAGGGAACGGUUUAGCUCAUGCUUUUGUCAGACUUGAUGUCAGGAACAAAGGCCUGACUGAUAUCUCUAUUCUAAAUUGCUAUGUUCACUUGCGUUACUUAGACCUAUCAAAUAAUGGUUUGAGGGAUAUUAGUGCUGUAAAUGCAUUACCACACCUCCUCACAUUAAAAGUGGACCAUAACAUGCUGACAUCUGCACGCCUUGAAGAGUUGCAAUAUCUUCAAGUUGCUAGUUUUGCAAAUAAUCAGAUAACCAGUACUGAGGGAAUAGCUCAUCCAUUGCUGGAGACAUUAAAUAUAUCUUCUAACAAGAUAAGAGAGCUAACAGGUCUCACCAGACAGAACCUUCCUUCUCUGAGAUCUCUGGAUCUACACGGCAAUGAGCUCUCAUCCAUCCAAAACCUUCACAUACCGACACUCCGCCAGUUAUUUUUGGCGUCAAAUAAUUUGUCAAGCAUUGAUGGUCUGAGUGGCCUGCCUCAGUUGACCACGUUGCAUCUUCGCAACAAUCACAUUGCAACAUUAGAUGGAUUCACAUCAGACCUUGAGUCACUGCAAUAUAUUAAUAUGAGGACUAAUAAAAUUGCAGAACUAUCCGAAGUUGACAAACUUAAAUGUCUGCCUUACCUCAGAGCUCUUAGUUUAUUAGAUUGUCCUAUCUGUGAUGUUGAGGAUUAUCGCAUUGAAGUUUUGGUGAGAUUAAGGAAACUGGAGAGGCUUGAUAAAGACCAGUACACUGAUGAUGAGAGAGGAGAUGCUGAAGAUAUUCAUUCACAGAGGCAGGCUGAAGCGAAAAAAGCUGCAGAAGCUGCUGAAGAAGAAAGUUAAAAGGAGAGAAAAGGACAAUAGACGAACACAUCUAGCAACCAUUUACCCUUUAAACACAUGUAUUGCAUCUUUGAAAAGAAAAUAACAUGAAACUUUAAAAGUUUAUUCAAUGCCCACUUCUAUUAAGUAAACGAUUUUCAUGAUAA